AUGGUUUCAUUGGGAGGUGUAUAUAGUGUUGCUUAUGUGUUCUUGUUUGGUCUGACUUUGGUUUUGGCUGGUGAUAUAGUUCAUCAUGAUGAUGUUGCUCCAACAAGGCCUGGCUGUGAGAACAACUUUGUUCUGGUCAAAGUUCCAACUUGGAUCGAUGGUGUGGAAAACGAUGAGUAUGUUGGUGUCGGUGCAAGAUUUGGUCCUACAUUAGAAUCAAAAGAAAAACAUGCCACUCAUACCAGAGUUGUCAUGGCUGAUCCUCCCGAUUGUUGUAGCAAGCCUAAGAAUAAGCUCACCAGUGAGAUCAUAUUGGUGCACCGAGGAAAAUGUAGCUUCACAACCAAGGCAAAUAUAGCUGAUGAAGCCGGUGCUUCGGCCAUUCUCAUUAUAAACAAUCGUACAGAACUUUUCAAGAUGGUUUGUGAGGUAAAUGAAACUGAUGUUGAUAUUGGAAUUCCUGCUGUUAUGCUUCCACAAGAUGCUGGAUUAAACUUGGAAAGACACAUACAGAAUAAAUCCAUAGUUGCCAUACAGUUAUACUCUCCACUGCGUCCGUUGGUUGAUGUUGCGGAAGUGUUUCUAUGGCUCAUGGCUGUCGGUACCAUUUUAUGUGCUUCUUAUUGGUCUGCUUGGACGGCAAGAGAAGCUGUUAUUGAGCAAGACAAGCUUUUAAAGGAUGCCUCAGAAGAAUAUGUUGCAGAAAGUGUUGGUUCUCGUGGUUACGUGGAAAUCAGUACUACAGCAGCGAUUUUAUUCGUUGUGGUUGCUUCUUGUUUCUUGGUUAUGCUGUACAAAUUAAUGUCAUUCUGGUUUGUUGAAGUUCUAGUGGUUUUAUUUUGCAUUGGUGGGAUAGAGGGUCUGCAAACUUGUUUGGUGGCUCUAUUGUCAUGUUUCAGAUGGUUUCAACAUCCUGCACAAACAUAUGUGAAGAUACCGUUCUUUGGAGCUGUUCCAUAUCUGACACUUGCUAUUACUCCCUUCUGCAUAGUGUUUGCGGUUGUUUGGGCAGUUAAACGCCAUGCGUCAUAUGCGUGGAUUGGUCAAGAUAUUCUUGGUAUCGCGUUGAUAAUUACAGUUCUUCAAAUUGUUCGCAUUCCAAAUCUCAAGGUUGGGACUGUUCUUCUAAGUUGUGCUUUCCUAUAUGACAUCUUAUGGGUGUUCGUCUCUAAAUGGUGGUUCCACGAGAGUGUGAUGAUAGUGGUAGCUCGAGGUGAUAAGAGUGGAGAAGAUGGUAUUCCCAUGCUUCUCAAGUUACCGCGUUUGUUUGAUCCUUGGGGUGGUUAUAGCAUCAUCGGUUUCGGGGACAUAAUCUUACCGGGACUUCUAGUAGCAUUUUCACUAAGAUACGAUUGGUUGGCAAAGAAAAACCUUCGAGCCGGAUACUUUGUGUGGGCUAUGACUGCUUAUGGUUUAGGUCUUCUCGUCACAUAUGUGGCUUUAAACUUGAUGGAUGGACAUGGCCAGCCAGCUUUGCUUUAUAUAGUCCCAUUUACACUUGGAACUUUUUUGUCAUUGGGAAAGAAGAGAGGUGAUCUGAAGAUUUUAUGGACAAGAGGAGAACCAGAAAGGCCUUGUCCUCAUAUUCAAGAAGUUAACCAACCAGUCAAUUAA